UCCCGAAGUGUCAGCGACAAAUAAAAAAUCAGGACCCACCGGUCCACCACCUUCCCCGAUCCCUCCACCAACCAUGACAACCUCCCCGAUCCAACGACCGGACCGCCGCCUACUCUCGAUACCCACACGCCGCCGCCGGCAGUGGAUCCGAUGCGUCGCCGCCUGCCCUAGAUCCCCACGCGCCGCCGCCGGCCCUGGCAACCUCUCACGCGCCUCCAUCACUGCUGCCGCUCAUCCUCCCCAUGCCCGACCAACCACCGGCGCAGCCCCGCGCGCUCCGCCGCGGAUCCAACUGCCUCCGCCCACCUGCACCCCGCGCACGGCGCCGCAGAUUCCACCACCGCCUGAUUGCCUUGUCCCGCCAGCAAACUCCGUCGGACUGCUCCCGAGCUCUGCCGCCCUUCUCCACAUGACCCGCCGGCCCCCUGCACCAGCGCCCCUGAUCCCCGAAGCCACCGCCCAGGAGCAUUGUGCCAUUGGCAACGUUUGUAGUACAACACACCAUGCUCCUCAACUCUGGCCUCUGCACCUCCUGGCUUGGCAUCCCUCCCGCGUGAACUUCUCUGGCGCCUCUGACCGACCUUCCCGUCGUCUCAUCCUUGAAUCUGUGAACCACUGUUUCCGGAUCAACUCUACUCCUUCAAGCGACAGGGACCGUGGAGCCAGCACUAUGGCAUCACAAAAAAUGGAAAUAGUGCAGGCAUGUGUUUCUGAGGAUUCGGCAAAUUUCAUGUAAAAGUUAAAUUUUGAGACGUUUAGAGGAUAGUACGAUGCGCUCCAGCUACGGGCUCAUCGCAAGUGGAAGGCAGCGCCAUCCAUAGGGAGGGACAGCGCCGGGGAGAGCAGCACGGCGACAGUCACGAAGGCCAGAACGUGCAGGAGACGCUCCGGCAAGAGGUCAUGCUCGCCGUCGGCCUCCUCCGCAUCUUCGUCCACGAAUGUUUCCUGCAGGGCUGCGACGUGUCCGUGUACCUCAAGGGCAGCGGCAUGGAGCAGGCCAUGGGACCCAACACCACGAUGUAGGCGCGGGCACUACAGCUCGUGGAGGACAUCCACGCCAAGGUGCAUGCGACCUGUGACGCCACCAUGUCGUGCGCUAACAUCUCAGCGCUCGCCACCCGCGACGCCGUCAUGCUCUAAGGCGGGCCCAACUACCUCAGCUGCAGGUUCAUCUUCUUGCAGGCUUGUACUUUCACUCCCUCGGCAGCACCAAGAUGUUCACUCCCUCAGCAGCCCAGGUCCCACUGCUUGAGCGCCCCGACAAGGCCCAGGUUCAUCUUCUUGCAGGCUCGUACUUUCGAUUCCAUACUGUCCGUAUUUUGCACCCAAUUUAUUCAGAGAUAUGGUCAAUGAUGACUGCCAUGCUAUGCAACUGAAAGUUAGGCAAGGCAAAAAUUGUACUAUGAAACACACUCACGCGGGUAAGAUGCCUAACAGAAGCGAAAAAUAUCAUAGAUGAGAAAAACAUUCUCUAUCUUUGGCAAGAUUUAGCUGUGCUAGGUCCGAACUUGUUUGUAUUUGCAUAUAAAACUUAAUGUGAAUUUGUUCUUCUACUUCUGCAGAAUGGACGACAACAUUAUGUGAAAACUUAUGGAAAAAUGCAAUGAUGGUGAUGAACUACACUUUUAUGAUGUAUUGUGAAAAAUGGUUUGAUAGUGAUGGAUGAAUGAAUGAAAAUUGAUUUUGUU